AUGGGAAUCAAAGCAACAGUCGUAUAUGAUAUCCCUCGCCAUGCCACUAUUGUUCUUCGCACUCGCUCUGUUUCCAUCUCAGAACGAUACGAGGUAAUCGAUACUAUCGCGUCUUUUGCAAACCAUUGCGAGUCAUUACGAGGUGUAGCUCAUUCCGUUACGGAGGUAAGCGCACACUGGGGUGGUCCACCAUAUCUCACGUACGAAAUCGCCCACGAUCGUUUUCGAGUUAUGGUUAUCUGGGAUGAAGAGCCAGGCGAGUUUGACCUGUGUCAUGACGUUGAAGAUUGUUUGCUUCAUUUAAAGAACGCUGUAAUGUCCGUACAAGAUGCCUUGGCCCAAAGCGCUUCAAAAGCUGUGGCCAAAGUUUACGACGAGGCUGGGUAUGCCUUGCGCGGUGACACCCCAAUUGUUUUACCUAACCCCGGUGAAACCACCAAAAAGGUUUCAACUCGAUCAAAACUUCUUCCCUCAAGGCCUCCUUCCGGGCUCCGCAGACUAUCGAGCGCGGAUCCGAAAAAGAAAAAGUCUUCCGCAGGCGGAAGUCGCCUUCUCGGAAAGCUAGGCAAUGCGUUCAAGAAUGUUACUGGCGGUGCACCCUCUGAGUCGACAGUUGGGAUAACGCACAGCCGAAGACCAAAAUCACCUCUACAAAACGUCAGCCCUACGCCAGGAGGUGUUGGCGCUGGUAAACCUCUCGCCGUUUACGGCAGCGAAAAUGGAUUUGACGACGAACUAGGUGGACUCGAGCUCCCACAUGACGUCUUUGCAUGGGCGAGUUUCGGGAAAUAUCUUCCUGACCAAGAAGCCGAUCUAACCUGGUUUGUGGGUUUAAUGAAAGGAGAAACAGAUGCCAAUAUAGUAUCUCAGAAACCUGCACUCCGGAAGAACAGUGUGUCGUCAACGCCUCUCACUCUGCCUUCUUCCGCCUCACCCCUGUCGAAAGGCACGGGGUCCGUUGCCAGUAGCGUUCUUGACGGGCGUCAAGCUACUCAAUCUCCCCCAACAUCGAAUGCACCACCUUCUAGUACCACCGCAACUACUAGCCCAAUUCACCCAAAUACCAUUCAAACAGUUACGCAAAGACCUUCUGUUCUCGAAAGCCCCAUUAAGCCGUCAACAACUAGGGAAGGCCCACUUGCGUCGAAACAUGACGGCCCUCUAGUCAUAAGCACCAUUCCGGCAAAGAACAAUGAAACUCUAAACAAUCGCCACAUCUCAGUUUCAGACAGACACCCUUCAUCAGAGGUAGCAUCGAAGCAAGAUUACCCUCUACCGCCCGCUUCUAGAGCCUUCUCUGCAAAUACGUCCCGGGGUGCUGAAAGCAUGAAUGGUUCGAUGAUGCCGUUGCAGAAUCCGCCCGCAUUCACACUCCCGUUGGCAACCGGCCAAUUGUCUCCCGUGCCACCAUCCGCACCUCGCUCCGAUAUUUCUCGUACUUCAGCUUCUUCCGCGUCAAGAGCACAAAUUGGAAUGAAAUCGGUUUCUUCCGCGAUUCCUCCUGCUCUUGCAGCGCAAAUGCAGGAGACAAGAGAAUUUGAUGUUUCUCAUUUCGGGGAGAAGAAAGAUACGACGAAUCCGUCCGCCCUGAAGUCCGAUCAAAACAUUGGAGCAUCCAGUGAUGUGAACACGACCAAUAGACCAAUAGACCCUAGUACGGAUGAAACGCUACGAAAUCGCAUGAAUGAGUUUGCUAUGACCAUGCAAGCCGGAAAUUUCACAUUGGCUUUGCAGCAAGUAUUUGCCACAUUGAAGAUGCUUCGAGGAAUGCAGCCAAGACGGGAACGUGAAACUAUUACAUGCUCAAAUUACGUCAUUGCGCAAAAGAUCCUGAUACGAAAUGCCGUUUUAGAAUCAGAAUUGGUUCGCUUCGUGAGCGGCACACCGGAAUUCAUACGGCGCCAAAUAGAGAUGGCGCUUUUGAUGAUGUUCUUGGCAGAAUUGAAGCAUUUACUUCCGCGCCACCGUGCUGCUGCGAUGAAAGUGGCAAUUGAAAAGAAUAUCGUUGUGGGAAAUUUCGGAAUGUGUGCACGGUGGCUACGGCAUCUUCUGGAAAAGGCCCCUCCGGCUCAGAAGGAAGAGCUGCAUCGCCGCCUUGAGGUGUGUGAAAAGAGAGGCGAAACCAAUGCGCAAAUGCCACCCACAAAUCGAUUAUGCUACAUCACGCUACAGGUGCUCACUUCUCUACAUGGGGCCUGUUCAGUAUGCAGCGCUGUUUAUCAUCCUCAGAUGGCUGGAGUCGUAGCGGGACAGAUUUGUCCGACGUGCUUUGUCGGUGCCGUGGUGGAAAGAAUGUGAGCGCUUGUGAUCGGAAAAGAAGGGUUCCCAAAGGAAAACACCGCAUUCGCAAAAUAUACCUUCUAGAGUUUUCGAAUAAGUAUGAAGCGAUUUAGGCUCAGGAAGUGUGAACGUAAGCUGUGCUCAGCUCGAAUUUAUUCUCGUCUCUAUAAAGCUGUGACUUGCAAUUCGAAUUUUCUCAGCGCAAACCAA